GGAUAGAAAUCAGAGUACAAACCAGCCGAGUAGCGCGACCGAGAUGACCCACUUUUCGGUUUUCGCAUUCAAAACUAACUGCUAUACCAAAUAAAAUUGCAAUUUUUUUCUACACUAGCAUUUAGUUAAAGCGCGUUGUAUAUCAUGUAAAACUUAAAUCCGUUAACUAGUGUAAACUCUAUGCAUUUAUGUAAAUUCUCGAAGGCUAAUGUGGAUGUGGAAAUAGGCGACCUGAAAAAUCAGCACUUCCCACAGCAAUCAAAAAGCAGCAGCAAAAAGUCGUCGCAAGGGCAGCCACAGCAUGCCGUACGAGUCGAUGCACCAUCAUCAGUCGGCGGCCGCUGCAGUGGCCGCCGGCGUAGCGCCAAAUAGCGUGCUGGACUCGCUCAGUUUGCAGCUGCGCGAUGCGGAAAUGCGACGCACCGAGAUCGAACGGGCGCACCAGGAAACUCUGGCACAAAUACGCAACCUGAGCGGCAGCGCACGUCCCGACACCGAGGCGGUGGAGAAUCUGCAGUCACGAGCUCGGGAGCUGGAGAAGAAGGUGGCGCUGGAAAAUGUGCACUGUGAGGAGCUGCAAAUUGAGCUGACGGCCGCACUUAAGUCCAAGGCAUCACGUGCAAAUGCUUCCCAUAUGGGCAGCUGUCCAUCGUCAUCGGCCGCGACAUCCCAACACGGGCCAUACCAAGGUGCAAAUAUACCAACAUCGGCUAGCAGUUCCACCGUCACAUGGGCACCGACAAUCAGCCACCAGGACCAAGGCACCGAGAUUGAUAUAAUAAUGGCCAAGAUCGAACAGGAUAAUCGCGUUUUGGCCGAGCUGGAACAGCCGCGAACCUCAGCGAGCGCCAGCAUGUCAGCGUUGCCGCACAGUUCCAUGAUGGGCAUGGGAAAUAGCGAAUUUAGAACCAUAUCAAAGAGUGAACUCGAAGAAGAACUGAAUCGAUAUAAAAGAGCAGUAUUGGGCAGCGCAUCGGGCGGCGGUGUGUCAGCCCUAUCGUCCGGCUACUCGAGCCUGCCGCAAUCGCUGGCCUCCACGCUGGGCAAUGGGGCCAGCACCAGCCUGAGCGGCACCAGCGUUGGCUCGCAGAGCGUUGCUGCCACCGCCGGCAUCGGCGUCGGCGGUCUUUCAUCCAUAUCGGCCAUGGUGCCCAACUCAAUCAGCGGCAUAUCCUCGAGUCUGAGCAGUCAGGCCAUCCAAUCACUGAAUGCGGCUGCCUACGGGGGUGGCCAGAGCUCCGUUGAGAAGCUGCUGAGUGGAACUAGUGGAAUAACUGGCAUUCCACCAUUGCCGGUAAAUAUUCACACGAUGAAGGCUAUGCCAACGGCAUUAAGUCAGCGCGGAACAAUACAACUGUACAAUUUACAGAGCACAACCAUGCCCCUCCUGUCACUGAACUCGCAUAAUCUGCCGCCUGGCGGCUCGACCAGCUACUCGGCCCUGGGCCUGAGCGGCGGCAGCGGCAUGGUGGGCAGCUCGCUGACCCAUCCCACCAUGAGCAAUAUCAACAUGCUCGACACGAGCGCCCUUCUGGGCCUGGGACCAGUCGGGGGUGGCAUAACGGGCGCCACUUCGCUCUAUGGCCUGAGCGCUGGUGCUGCCGGCGCCCUUGGCAGCUCGUAUGGGCCACCAUUUAUGGAUGCCGCCUCGAGCGCCUCGUAUCCAUUCACAUCGGCUGCGCUGCGACAGGCCACCAAGAUGAAAAUGCUGGACGAGAUUGAUAUACCGCUGGGGCGAUAUGGCAAUCGCAGCUCACCAUGCUCACCCAUUCCCAUGGGGCACAGCAGCUGGGGCCUGGACGACUUUACCGAUGGUCUGGGCGCCUCCAUAAUGCACAAUCGCAGCGGGCUGGCGCUGGGCGCCCUCGAUCUGGACACUCGCAACCACGCACUGAACGGCGCCAGUGAGCCCCAGGUGGAUAUGUUGGACAUACCGGGCAAAGGGCGCUGUUGCGUCUUUAUAGCCCGCUUUCCCUACGAUCCGCCAGAGGAGGCUGAGGGCGAGCUUUCACUCUGCGCCGGCGACUAUUUGCUGGUUUGGACCAGCGGCGAGCCGCAGGGUGGCUAUCUAGAUGCGGAACUAUUGGACGGAAGACGCGGCCUAGUGCCCGCCUCGUUUGUGCAGCGACUUGUGGGCGAUGAUUUGCUGGAGUUCCAUCAGGCGGUUUUGUCGACAUUGCGCGACGCCGAGGAUGGCUCCAUGCAGUGCGACACAACGUCGCUGCCUUCCUUGCCGCCGCACAACCCAUUGCUCACACACACGCACGAGGAUCUGGCACGUUUGAGUGAGACGCACACCGAUCUGGAGCACGACCAGGAUGACAUUAGCGAUAAUGUUCCAGCUCCGAAACACUUGACGCUGGAACGGCAGCUGAACAAGAGCGUGCUCAUUGGCUGGUCACCACCAGAGCCGGUGGGCUACAAUCUGAUCGAUAGCUACCACGUCUAUGUAGAUGGUGUGCUCAAGGUCACGGUGAAGGCCAACGAACGCACACGCGCUCUAAUCGAGGGCGUCGACUCCACGCGGCCGCAUCGCAUUAGCGUGCGGAGCGUUACACAAAAUCGUCAGACGUCCAGGGACGCCGCCUGCACAAUGAUUAUUGGGCGAGAUACUUCGCACUUGGGCCCCUCGGCGGUGCGCGCCUCGCACAUAACGUGUUCCUCGGCGGUUAUCUCGUGGCUGCCGGCCAACUCCAACCACCAGCACGUGGUGUGUGUGAACAAUGUGGAGGUGCGCACCGUCAAGCCGGGCAUGUAUAGGCACACAAUAACCGGGUUAGCGCCGAGCACCCAAUAUCGGGUGACAGUGCGUGCCAAACAUUUGCGGGCCGUUGGCCAGCACACGCCACAAGCACCGGGCAGACCCGGGCAGGAGGAGGCACCUGGCGCCUAUGCCGAUUUUCGCACACUGACCAAAGGUCUGCCCGAUCCGCCGCAAGACAUCCAACUGGAGGCUGGUCCUCAGGAUGGCACCAUUCUGGUGACAUGGCAGCCGGUAAACAGACCUACGUCCACGGGGCCUGUUACCGGCUAUGCUGUGUACGCCGAUGGUAAAAAGGUGACGGACAUUAAUUCCCCGACGGGCGAUCAUGCACUCAUCGACAUUGGCAAGCUGGGCGUCUUCAAUCCUCGGGCCGUCACCAUACGCACCAAAUCUCGCGAUUCACAGUCGGCGGACAGUGUGCCCAUACUGAUACCAAACAACGUGCGCAAUGCUGUCGCUCGCCGGGGACCAAAUCAAAUGGGCAUGGGUCCGCAGUUGCCGCAGCAGGGAGUCCAUGGCAUGCCCGGGCAGCAACAGCAAAUGGGCAUGCCUGGGCCGCAGGGCCAGAUGCAGUCGCAUAUGAUGGGUGGCCAGCAGGAUCACACGCAAUACGAUCCAAACCAAAUGCAGCAGCAGCAGCAGGGCAUGCAGCCAGGCCAGCAGCCGGGCCAGGCCCAGCCGGGUCAUCAGCCCGACGGAAGCUCCGGCUUGUUAGGUGGCCUGCUCGGUGGCCUCUUCUCGAAACCCACACAGAGUCAAGUGAACCAGAAUGGCUAUCAGCCGGGCGCACCGCAGCGCGGCAUGGUGCCAGGACGACCCCAGGGACCACAGCAACAGCAGCAACAACAGCCGUACGGGGCGCAGGGGCCAAUGGGAGGACCCCGUUUUCGUGGACCCGUGCCGGGACAAAUGGCAAUGCAGGGUCAGAUGCAGGGCCAGAUGCCGGGACAAAUGUCAGGACAAAUGCAGGGCCAGAUGCCAGGACAGAUGCCUGGUCAAAUGCAAGGUCAAAUGAUGGUUCAGCAGGGGCCGGGUCCACGCGGCCCACUCAACCAACAGCAGCAACAGCAACAGCAGCAGCAACAACAGCAACAACAACAGCAGCAACAGCAGCAGCAGCAACAAGGUCAAAUGAUGCCAGGGCAGCAACCAGGGCAACAGCAGCAACAGCAACAAAUGGCCGGCGCACAGAAGAAGCCGCGCUAUUUUGUGGCAAUGUUUGACUACGAUCCAUCCACAAUGAGUCCCAAUCCAGAUGGUUGCGACGAAGAGCUGCCCUUCCAAGAGGGAGAUACUAUCAAGGUCUUUGGUGAUAAGGAUGCGGAUGGCUUCUAUUGGGGCGAGCUGAGGGGUCGUCGAGGCUAUGUGCCGCACAACAUGGUUAGCGAGGUGGAGGACACCACCACCCAAAUAACCGGCGGCCAAAUGCAAAUGCCCGGCGGCAUGCAGUCGACAACAACCGGGGCUGGCACCGCACAAGUUAUGCCCGGUCAGAGCGCUCCGCAGCAGAGCAUGCGGAAUGUGAGCCGCGAUCGCUGGGGUGACAUCUAUGCGAAUAUGCCAGUGAAACGAAUGAUCGCCCUCUAUGACUAUGAUCCCCAGGAGCUAAGUCCGAAUGUGGAUGCCGAGCAAGUGGAAUUGUGUUUCAAGACGGGUGAAAUUAUCCUCGUCUAUGGUGAUAUGGAUGAAGAUGGCUUCUUCAUGGGCGAACUGGAUGGGGUACGGGGCUUGGUGCCCUCAAAUUUCCUGGCCGAUGCGCCCGACCAGUACAACAAUCAAAUGGGACCGGGCGGCGCCGCUGGGCGUGGCAGCCUCAGUCAGCGGGGUCGGGGUCAGGGACCCGGCGCUAGAGGACCACCGCCGCCGCCACGAGAUAACAUGCUGCCCGGCGUUGCUGGGCAACGUGGUCCACAAGGCAAAAAUGCUCGCCCUGCUUCCCCUACACUGUUAGACAACACGGGCCACCCUGCCCCCGAUCACCAAACGCAGAUGAUCGGCCGCGUUGGUAAUGUUGGCAUGCAGCAGCAGCAGCAGCAUCAACAGCAGCAGCAACUCCAGCAGCAGCAACAACAACAACCGUAUGGUCAGCAACAGACGCAACAACAGCAACAUCAACAACAAAUGGGCAUGGGACAAAGUGGAAUGAUGGGCAUGGGCCAACAGCCGAUGGGCAUGAUGGGCCAGACACAGCAGCAGCAGCAACCGCAGCAGCAGCAGAUGGGCCAGCAGAUGGGUCAGCAGAUGGGUCAGCAAAUGGGCGGCAUGGGCCAAAUGGGCGGCAUGGGUCAAAUGGGUCAGCAGCAGCAGGUGCCUGUGACGACGCAGGCGCCAACGGGCGGACUCUUCUCCGGCGCAACUAGCCUGCUCUCUGGUGCUACUUCGGCUGCCACCGGUGGUCUAUUUGGUUCGAAGCAACCACCCAAAACGGAUCCAAUGCAACCACCUGGCGGUGUGCAGCCAACGCAGCAACAAGCAAACGCCUUCGGUGCCCAACAAAUGCAGCAGCAGCCUGGCAUGCAGCAGCCUGGCAUGCAACAGCCGGGCAUGCAGCAGCCGGGCAUGCAACAGCAGGGCAUGCAACAGCAGGGCAUGCAACAGCAGGGCAUGCAACAGCAGGGCAUGCAACAGCAGGGCAUGCAACAGCCGGGCAUGCAACAACAAGUGCCACCGCAAGCUCAGCCGCCGCCACAGGGGCCGGGCGCCGGCCUGCUUGGAGGCCUCAAGGGCAUUGCAGCAGCGGCGCCCGGCGGCGAUGUACUCUCGAAAGGCAAAGAUCUAUUUGGCAAAUUUGGGUUCGGCUUUGGCAAAUAACCCUGGUCAUUCCAUAGGGUCCUGUUAUAUUAUUCGUAGAUUAGACCUAUUAUUAUGAUUAUGAUUAUUGCUAUUAAUUACGAUUACUAAGCUAAUAUAUACAUAUACGUAUACACAAUUAUACAAAGAUAAAGUUAAAAAAAAAAAAAAAAAAAAAAGAAGCAAAAAAACCAAAAGCAAAACCUAUGAAAAAUCCAUGAAUUCCCAGUCAACUGUGGGCCUAUGUGAACGAUGUUGUAAUGUUGAUAUGAUAAAUGCAACUAAUAGAACUAAUGAUAAUAUUUUUUAUUAAUACAAUUGAUAGAAAUAUUAAUAAUACUAAAUGCUAAACAGACACAAAAGAAAAACAAGCAACAUUCACAUCACAAAUAACUAAAAACUAUUUAACAAAAAACACAUAAAUUGUUGUAAAAUUGAUUUAAUAUACAUAAAAUUUGCAGUUUAAGUAACUUGAUAGCAAAGAAAUAAAUAAAAAAAAAAUAUAUAUAUAUAUAUAAAUUGAAGAUAAACACAACUAACUAAAUGAUAAAGAAAUAGACAAGCGAAGCGUGCUUUAUUGCAACUUCACAUACACACAUUCGACACACAUACUAACACACACACAUAUAUAUACAUAUAACAUAUAUGAUAAUAUAUAUAUAUAUAUAUAUAUACAUAUAUACGUCUACUUAAGGGUGGAAGUAAAAAUACAUAUAUUAUAUACAUAUACAUACAUUAUAUUUACAAUUAUUUGUUAACGCACAUUGUUAAAUUUGCUACUGUUGCUGACCAGUUUAUAAAUAAAAUACGAGUAAAAAAACAAAAACAAAAACAAAAACAAAACCCAAAAACUAAAAGUGAAAUCCAAAACAUACAUAUAUUAUAUAUAUUUAAAAUAUAUUAAAACCAAAACAUAAAGAAAAUAAAAAGCAAAAAAAUUACACAUUUAAAUUAAGUCUAUAAAUCAAAACCUAAUUAAACUAAAGGAAAGUUGAGCAAUAUAGAUGGCGCUGGACAAAACCGAAACUAUGCAGAAGUACUUAUACAUAUAGAGGGGUUAACGAUACGAUACGAACCUAUACAUAUACUACUACAUAUACUACAUACACACAUGCAAACACACAUACAUGCAUAUAUGUAUACAUUUAAAGAAAUUCAUAUGCCUGUUAAGCAAACAUCUAUUUGGCCAAGGGUUAAAUUAUUCAGCCGUCUUUCAUUGGAGUAUAACAUGAUGAUCGCAAGCCUUCAAGAGACUCAGAUAUCGUCUAUCCGAUGCAAUUCUGAUGAGCUAAUUGAACCCAAAUCCUGCAGCUUUAAUGCUUGUUGUUACGUUUGGCAAGACAAACAAAAGAUUAACCAAAUAACUAAAAUUAAAACAAAUGCUUAACAACAAAUAACACUCAAAGUCGUACAUGUGUGUGGUAUACAAAAAUAUAAUAAUAUAAAACAUUUUCACAAACACAAAAGUCUAACAUACCUACAUAAUAUAUAUGUAUGCAUACCAUUUAAAGCGGUACAUGAAAUAUGUUUGACAAAUUCUAUAUGAAAAGUUCCAACUGUUUUAUUCUCAAAUCUACAAAUCGAACCUUCCAGCUACUUACUAUUGACUAUCCAUAAAGAGAAACACACAUAUUUACCUUAAAAAAAAAAAACAAAAAAAAAACAAAUUUAAAGGUUGCUUUGCUUAAAUAUUUAAAUGGCAUACAGUCUGUUAUGACUGUAUGCAUACCACUUUCCUUUUCAUAAUUGUCUUUUCUUCUGUAUACAUGAUUCAAAGAUGUUUCCUAAUGUUUAAUAAUUGCUUUAGCAACAUACAUAAAAACCUAAAUGAAACAAAAAAAAAAAACAAAAAAACAAAGCAAAAAAAAACCAUACAAAUUAAUUGCGUGCAUACAAACAAAAUACAA